AUGCCAAAACGAAAAUUCUCAAAAUUCCAAGAAUUAGAUGCAUCCAUCCAAAUAAUCCAUCCUCCAAAGAAGCCUCGAAUCACAAUAGAGGAUUUAAUUCAAAAUGCGCAAAAAAAGUUAAACCAUACCAAGAUUCCAAAUGCCUUUAUGAUUUAUCGCGGAGAGAUAUUAAAAGAACUAAAUUCGCAAAGUUUUACAGUUAAAAUGCCACGACUUUCAGCUAUCGCUUCGAAAACUUGGAAAAUCGAAGCAAAAGAAAUUAAGGAUGAAUAUUAUCGACUUUCAAAAGAGGCGAAUAUUGAAUAUAAAAAAUUAAAUUGUUCCAUUCAACAAGCUUCGCACUCGAAUGAGUAUUCUUAUGACGAACUAACGCUAAUAGAUAAUGAACAGGUUCAACAAUUUCAUGGCGAUCUGAUAAAUAAUGGACAGUAUCGACAAACUUCAUUCUUUAACGUUAACGUUAAUGAGCAGUUUUAUGCUGUACCGGUAAAUAACGAUAAUAGACAGUAUCAACAAGCUUUGUUCCCUAGCACUAGCGCUAGCGCUAGUGAGCAUUUUAAUGCAAGCAAAUGA